AUGUUUGGGAAACAAGACAAAAUGGACGUUAGAUGCAAUUCAGAGCUUGAAACCAGCCGGCUCUCCAAGAACGGGCAUAAAGAAGGCAAGGAAAGCAAAAGCUCCGAAGGAAAUAUUUCGAAUUCUUUUUUGAAGGAACCGCAAGGGACUUUUUCGGCUUCGGGCGUCUCGGAAGAGUGCAGUAAAAAUAAAUCCAGUUCCGCUGACCCGGAUUAUUGCAGAAGAAUUCUAGUCCGAGAUGCCAAAGGUUCCAUCAGGGAGAUCAUUCUUCCAAAAGGACUUGAUCUCGACCGGCCGAAGAGGACUCGAACUUCUUUCACAGCUGAACAACUUUAUAGGCUUGAGAUGGAAUUCCAGAGGUGCCAAUACGUGGUUGGACGGGAAAGAACUGAGCUGGCCAGGCAGCUCAAUCUUUCAGAAACUCAGGUCAAAGUCUGGUUCCAGAACCGACGCACAAAGCAGAAAAAAGACCAAGGCAAAGACUCGGAGAUGAAGUCGGUGGUGUCCGAGACCGCGGCUACAUGCAGCGUACUGCGACUCCUCGAACAAGGACGCCUGCUCUCCCCGCCCGGCUUGCCCGGCCUGCUUCCCCCUUGUGCCACCAGCGCCUUGGGCUCGGCCUUGCGAGCCCCUAGCCUCGCUAGCCGCACUGGCGGCUCAGGAUCAGGGACGGCGGGCGGCUCCCCACAUCAUCCGGCCGUCAGCAACGCCGCCGCCGCGGCUCAUCCCUCUCCGCCCGGCGGGCACAACCUCUUCAGCCUCCCGGUGCCCACCCUGCUAGGCUCGGUGGCCAGCCGGCUCUCCUCCAACCCGUUAGCAAUGGCCGGGUCUCUGGCCGGGAACUUGCAAGAACUGUCGGCCCGAUACCUCAGCUCCUCCGCCUUCGAGCCCUACUCCCGGACCGCCGGUAAAGAAAGCGCGGAAAAAAAGGCGCUGGACUGA